CUUUGAGUAUAUAUGUAUACAGAUGGAAUCGCUGCCAUCUUUGUCGUUUCUUGGCGUGGUGCGUGGCCGGCUAGAUUUCUGAUUUUUGAGUACAUGAUCGUAUUUAUGUGUCUUGUGCCUUUAAGUGUCGAGAUUACAUAAAAGGUUUAACAUGAGCACGGAUAGUAUCGAGAAGCUGUACAAAAAUUUUGGUAUUCUUGCUGACGCCAAAGAUAAAUUGGCCGAGCAUGAGAAGGAAUACCUAGAAAUUCUUACAGCAGUGAAAGGUUCACCCAAAGAAAAACGAUUAGCAUCGCAAUUCAUAGCAAGGUUCUUUAAAUAUUUUCCAAAAUUGGCUGAUCAAGCUAUAGAUGCUCAUUUAGAUCUUUGCGAAGAUGAAGACAUGGCUAUUAGAAAACAAGCUAUUAAAGAUUUGCCUGCAUUAUGUAAGGAUAAUAAAGAACAUACAGCAAGAAUUGCAGACAUUUUAGCUCAAUUACUCCAAGCUCAGGAUCCAUCGGAAUUAGCUGUAGUUCACAAUAGUGUAAUGUCGCUUAUGAAGUCUGAUCCAAAAGGUACAAUAAGUGGAUUUUUCAGUCAAAUUAUUAACGGUGAUGAUGGAACGCGCGAGCGUUGCAUUAAAUUUUUAGCAACAAAACUGAAAGCAAUAGGUCAUGAUGUUAUCACUAAGGAACCAGAGGACUUGUUAAUUUCAGAAUGCAAGAAAGUAUUACAAGAUGUGACAGCUGAUGAGUUCCAUAGUAUCAUGGAAAUUCUUGCCUGGACUAGACUAGGCUCGACGGUUAAUGGACAACAAGAAUUAGUAGAUAUUACAGUAGAACAAGCUGAAUUAUCUGAACCAUUCAAACAUACUAAUGUUGAACAAUGGAAUAGGCUUGUACAGUGUAUCAAGCAUGCACUUCCAUUUUUUAGUUCUCAAAUAGAUUCUUCACGUUUCGUGUCUUACAUUUGUGUACAAGUUUUACCGCAUCUCUCUUUAAUCACUGCUCCGGAUGGCAGAGAUAUUCAAUUGGAAUUAUUAAAGCUCCUUGCUGAAUUAGCAGUAUUUUGUGGUACAAUUGAUAAACCAGAAGAGAAAGUACAACAACUUUAUAACACUCUUAUAACAUAUAUGCCACUUCCGCCAGCAACCGAAAUAACGGAGGUACCAAAAUUGCAGUUCAGUCACGUUGAAUGUCUUAUGUAUGCAUUUCAUAAAUUAUGCAAACAAAUACCCGAAUUUCUAAUGAAAGACCCGGAACAGCUUAAAGAAUUCAGAUUAAGGUUACAAUAUUUUGCGCGUGGUAUUCAAGGUUACAUAAAAAAGUUACGGGAAGCGAUCAGCGGCAAAACCGAGGAGGAAUUGAAAUCGGAGGAAAAUCAGUUAAAAGUUGUAGCGCUAAAAACAACCAAUAACAUUAAUACAUUAAUUAAAGAUCUGUUUCAUUCACCACCUAGCUUUAAGAGUGUUAUACAUCUCUCGUGGAAGACAUCAGUCACCGACAAGAAGAACGAGAAGAAUUCGUCCGCCCAGAAGAGACAUACUCCAAUUACGUUCGGCAAUGAUAAUAACUCAAAUAAGCGUAGUAAAGAGGACAAAAGUAAGAGAGAAAUAUAUACUCCACCUAGUGGCAAAUACAGUUCAAACAUAUCAUCAAAUUAUGGUAGAGGUAGAUUUAGAGGAAAUAGAUCGGGUGGGCGGGGUGGUUACAGACCAAGAGGUCGUGGUACAUGGAGAAAAAAUUUUUUCUAAUCAUCUGACUGCUUUUUUUUUAUAAGCACAAAACGGCAAGAGCUGCAAUAAUAUGAAAGACUAUAUCAUGCCUGUAAAAUGUACAUACAUACAAAUGAAGAUUGUAAAAGUGAUUAUUUACAAAGAGUGCUUUUAACGAGAAGUGACAAAGGAAAUAUAACUUUCUUUUGUUCUAUAAACGUAGUGUGAAGGAAGUGUUUUUGUGAAAGCUUUAAGUACCU